AUGCGUGCAUCUCCGUACCCGUGCAGUGGAUGUUGCAUUUUGAUUCCGAUUCUGUCACACUCACAAUGUCUGUCACGAACAAUUUCUUCAAGUCGGCUUCUGCUGAAGAAUGGACCAAGGUUCUUGAACUCUACAACCAGGUCCUGAAACUCAAGGCCUCCAAGAUCCAGAAGCCUGGUGGAAGCAAGAAUUUGCUGGACCUUGACAAGUGGUUUCAAACAGAUCUUUCACAGGCCAUACAAGAGAGGAAAGAAAGAUACAUUACACAUGAGGAGUUGGCAAAGCUUAUGAAGUGGAAAUUGAGUAGAGGAAAGUUUCGUCCGAGGUUGACUGAAAUGGUCCAGACCAAUAGCUCAGACCUGGUUGAGAAGUCUAGCCGACAAGCCUUUAAGAAGCUGCCCAAUGUAGGAGCUGCCAUCAAAGAGCUGAUUGUCCUCAAGGCAGUGGGUCCAGCAACAGCUUCAGCUGUGUUAGCAGCAGGAGCACCUGAACAUGCCCCAUUCAUGGCAGAUGAGAGUAUGUUAGCUAUCCCAGGCCAGUCCCCAUUGGCUUACACCGAAGCUGCUUACAAGAGAUACAAUGCAGAGGUUCAAGACUGUGUGAAGAGACUCAAAAAAGAAGAUCCCUCAGGAGAGUGGACCCCGCAUAAAGUGGAACUGGCCCUAUGGACCCACUACAUGGCCUGUAAGCUGGAUCCAUCUCUACUAGCGAGCAAGACUGGACCAUCUAAAAAGAGGAAGAGCACUGGAGAUGGGGAAGGGGAAACCCCUAAAAAGAAGUGAAGGAAUGUGUGUUAUUAUCACUUUUUUUCUUCUAUGGCAGUGUUACAAUAUCCCACUUGAUAAUCAUGAUUAUGACGAUGCUGCUAUGUAGUGCAUGUCAAUCUAUCGAUGCCUUCCCUGCAAUUAUUGCACAUUCAGAGAUUGUAAUAAAAUUCAUCUCUUGUUAUUGUAUGGUAAUAAUUACAAUAAGUAUAAUGACAAUAGUUAGAAUCAUAAGGCACCUUUUCCACAGGAGACAAAGUGCUGAAUACUAUUGUCACUAUGGCUUUAGCAGGGCUUCCAUGAUAACGUGCUCAGUCAUUCAAGGAAUUUUUCCCAAUUACUCAUUUGCUUCACCUGGGUUAAGAGUGACAUUUGUAGAUCAAUGUUGUGCCAAUUUGUACAUUGUGAUGUGCCAUAGGACAUAUUAAUAAUGAUAACGAUAUAAUAAUAAUACCGGUUUCUUAUAUAGCACUUAACCAUUAACUGACUAACUAGAUUCAGUUACUGCACAUCAUAGUGCACAUACUCCACUCCCUGGGGAACAUUCCAUCUAGUCAUCUUUUUAUGGGCGUAUACAUGCUAAAUUGACCACAAUAAUGUUCACAUCCUACCCAGUACCCAAUUAACACCUUGGUGGAGAGGACCAAUGUAGAUAAAAUGCCUUGCUUAAGGACAUAAGUGCCAUGCCAGGGUACAAACCCACAACCUUUUCAUUCCCAGUCAAGUCAUUUAAGUGACCACUUGACUGUGACACCUUGAAUGAAGAUUUUGACAUUUUGGGGGAAGAGGAGGUUGGAAUUAUUAGUAUUCUUAAAUAUGGGCAGUCCAUUUAAUAUUUGGUUAACCUAAAACUUCUACCUCAUGAGAGAAAAGACUAAUGACUUUUAUGGUGCUUUAACCAUCAAGUAUUAUGAGUAGAAUCAUUCUUGAUGGGAGUCCUACUAGAUGUUGAAUAAACGUUAUAUCAUUCCAAAUGAUAAAUGACAUUGUAUAUGCGUCUGUAAAUUAGACGUUAAUAAAGUAUUGGUUCAAGAGACAGAUGUUUUGUAUAUUUAGCUGUUUGGAAAAUAGCUUUUUGAGAACUUAUCAUUAUCAGUAUUCACUUUCCGGAUGCAAGUACGAAUGAAUAAAUACCCAAAAAAAAUAGAGCAGUUAUUAGUUAUAGCAAUAUUUUUAAAAGAUUUGCUGAUUUUCUUUGCUUUUUCCCCUAAAAGAAUUUGUUCUGAAAUAUUUUGGAGGCCUGUGCAGUGUGCAUCCCCUAUCCUCUUUAAAGCCUUGCAUGUAUAGUGUAGGUGAUAAUUGUAAUGGCUAGGAAGAAAGGGCCGCUACCGAUACUUGAAAUAUUUGCUAACUUUGAAAUGUCUAGGAUUUUUUUUUUCAGUGUGUAAUUCAAAGACAAUGAAUCCUCAUGAUUGCAUUUAAAGCUAAUGAAGAAUUUGUAGAGAGGAAAAUUUAUUUGAUUUUCUUUUUAAACUACCUAUAUAUCUGCACAAUAAUUCUUAUUUUAGAGUUCACUUAAACUAAAGGCUAUUUGAAAGUUUUUCUUCUUUCCAUUGCAUUAUUUUUUAAAACCAUAUUAUUGCCCAAACCUUAAAUUUGAUAUAGAUCUAUCUCAUCCUGUCACAGUGUAUGACAAUGUAAUUAGUCAAGCUGCAAAUUAAUGAAGUAAAGUUUUCUGUGUUCAAGAGAGAUAGUUAAUCUGCUUUUUCACCCAGUGUUGCAGCAAGUGCCUCAAAUUUGAAAUGUUACAUCUGAAGAGAAAUGUUUCUAAUAAAACAGUACUAAGAAAUGUAUAGAAAAUCAUGUGUUCUUGUUUGAUUCUCAAUAAAAAAUACAAAUUUGUUAUUAUUCCACACA